AUGACGUCAGCAGCAGAAGACCCUCCCCCACCACCACCACCACCACCACCAGCACCACCAAUGGUGAAGAAGUCCAAGAGCAAAGGUCCCUACAUCUGCUCCCUCUGCUCCAAGGAGUUCAAGAACGGUUACAACCUCCGGCGUCACCAAGCCACCCACCUCGGGGUGAGGUCCACCCGUCCCACCACCACCUCCAACCCAACCACCAACCCAACCUCAACCACCUCCUCAACCACCACCAUGAUGAAGAUGCCACCAACCAUGGUACCCAUCAGCUUGUUGAGCGUCACCGGGUUGACCAACGACGGCGGGACGUCAACGAUGGGUUCAACCACGACGUCGAGCAUGGUGGCCACCAAGAGGUUGAAGAAGAACCACGCGUGUGAGAUGUGUGGCAAAGCCUUCAGAGAUGUCUACCAUCUCAACAGGCACAAGUUGUCCCACUCGGAUGAGAAGCCCUACCAGUGUCCCGUCUGCCAGCAGAGGUUCAAGAGGAAGGACAGGAUGUCCUACCACGUCCGGUCUCACGAUGGCGCCGUCCACAAACCCUACGUGUGUAGUCACUGCGGGAAGAGCUUCUCCAGGUGGGUCCAUCAUGGUGGUCAUCAUGGUGGGGUUGGAGGUCGUGGAGAUGAUGGAGAUGGUUGA